AUGAGAACAUCAAACAUUUCCCUCUGCAGGCCGUUCCUGGUGCUGCCUCCGCUGAUGGAGUGGAUCCGGGUGGCGGUCGCCCACACGGAGCACCGGCGAAGCUUCUCCGUGGACAGCGACGACGUGAGGCAGGCCGCCAGGCUGCUGCUCCCCGGCGUGGACUGUGAACCACGACAGAUAAAAGCGGAGGAUUGUUUCUGUGCCACCAGGAAGUUGGACGCAGCCUCCACCGAGGCCAAGUUCCUGCAGGACCUGGGCUUCAGGAUGCUCAACUGCGGGCGGACGGACCUGGUCAAGCAGGCGGUGAACCUGCUGGGGCCUGAUGGCAUAAACAGCAUGAGCGAACAGGGGAUGACCCCUCUCAUGUACGCCUGCGUCCGUGGCGACGAGGCCAUGGUCCAGAUGUUGCUCGACGCCGGCGCCGACAUCAACAGCGAGGUGCCCACCACAGUAAACAAGCACCCCUCAGUUUAUCCCGAAACGCGCCAGGGGACGCCACUCACUUUCGCUGUGUUGCACGGACACGUCCCUGUCGUGCAGUUGUUGCUGGAUAACAGAGCGAAUGUCGAGGGCGCCCUGCAGGAUGGGGCUGAGAACUACACGGAGACGCCGCUUCAGCUCGCCGCCGCCGCAGGUAACUUUGAGUUGGUGAGUUUGCUUUUGGAAAGAGGGGCAGACCCCAUGAUUGGGACCAUGUGUCGAAACGGCAUCUCGUCUGCUCCACUGGGCGACAUGAACUCCUACAGCCUGGCAGCAGCACACGGCCACAGGAACGUCUUUCGAAAGCUGCUGUCCCAGUCGGAGAAGGACAAGGGGGACGUUCUGUCCCUGGAGGAGAUCCUGGCCGAGGGCUCGGACCCCGGGGAGAAGAGGUUGGCUCUGCAGGCCAACAGCGGCAGCGGGACCCUGCGAACAGGAAAGGCCAAACUGAGAGCCCUGAGAGAGGCCAUGUACCAUAGUGCAGAGCACGGCCAUGUGGACAUCACCAUAGACAUCCGCAGCUUAGGCGUUCCCUGGACGCUGCACACCUGGCUCGAGUCCCUGCGUACCUGCUUCGUCCAGCACCGCCGGCCGCUCAUCCAGGGCCUGCUCAAAGACUUCAGCUGCAUCCAGGAGGACGAGUACACGGAGGAGCUGAUCACGCACGGCCUGCCGCUCAUGUUCCAGAUCCUCCGCACCAGCAAGAACGAGGUGAUAAGCCAGCAGCUGUCAGUUAUUUUCACCCAGUGUUACGGGCCCUUCCCCAUCCCCAAGCUGACGGAGAUCAAGAGGAAACAGACCUCGCGCUUAGACCCUCUCUUCUUAAACAACAAGGACAUCUCUGACGUCACGUUCCUGGUGGAGGGGAAACCGUUUUAUGCACAUAAGGUUUUGCUGUUCACAGCUUCACCCAGGUUCAAGUCGCUGCUUCAAAACCGGCCAGCAGCAGAGAACACCUGUAUUGAGAUCAGUCACGUCAAGUACAAUAUAUUUCACUUGGUGAUGCAGUAUCUGUACUGUGGAGGCACUGAGUCUUUGCACAUACGCAACACUGAAGUCAUGGAGCUCCUCUCUGCAGCCAAGUUCUUCCAACUAGAGGCCCUUCAGAGACACUGUGAGAUCAUCUGCUCCAAGAACAUCACCACGGAAACCUGCGUGGACCUCUACAAACACGCCAAGUUCCUCGGUGCCUCUGAGCUUACGGCUUUCAUCGAGGGCUAUUUCCUGAAGAACAUGGUGCUGCUGAUCGAGCUCGACGCCUUCAAGCAGCUUCUGUACGAACCCCCUCCGGCCGAGAGCCCCGCGUCCAGCCCCGGCAUCUGCUCCGACAUCCUCCUCGACCUGGAGAAGACUCUGGCCACUCGCAUCCACUCCAUCCACCUCUCCACCUCCAAGGGCUCUGUGGUGUGACGCCGUCCCCUCCGGAGCCUUUCUGAUCCGGCCGCAGCAUCCAUGUAACACGUCCAUUAACACACAGUCGCCCCGUCCACCUGUCCUGGCCCCACUGAUGAUGAUGAGGAGGAGGAGGAGGAGUUUUUUAAGUCAGUGAUUCCCUUUAAUUCUGCCUGUUGCAGCUAACUGAAGUUAGACGUGACAAAAUCAGAGAGAGAACUUUCUCACUCGUCGUCCUACUGCUCCCACUGAUCACUUCACAGCCCAUACAGUCAGAAAAACUGAAAAUAAUAGCAAUGCAUUUAAAAAAACACACAACCCAACAGUAUAACUUAGACCAAACCACGAUUAUACAACUUUCUAUUGUAUUUCAGAUAGAAAACGUGCAUGAAAUACAGACUAUUUACCUUUUCUUUUUUUCUUUUUUUUUGCUUAAAGAAAGGUAGAGUAGAAUUUAAACUCAAUAAAAGCAGCUUUCUCGUCAUCUCUGUCACGAGACUUUGGUUUACAGGUAACAUCACUUCAUGGAAGUGGAAGCCGUCACAGUAUGAAGUUUCACACAAGCCAAAACGUGAAAAUAAUCUUACUACACAACCGAUAAAAGUGAUUAGUAGCAAUUCCAGCAGACAGAUUCUUCGGUGGACGUUUCACUCUGUCUCUGCUGUGUUGGUUUCUCACUGUGUUAUAUAUAUAUCGACUGUGUGCAGAGGCCAAACCAAUCACACAAACUUCCACCGUCCGUGGCCGAACACCUCAGCGCUGAUCCGGACGAGAGACGGCCGCGCUCAGUGAAAAUCUAUGCUUGACACGCGGACGUCCACCGGGGAAAUGAACUUGUGAUAACUCCGCGAACACUGUCGUUUUGGGUUCUUUUUGCAUGACCCCUCCUCAAACUGAGCUGCCCCCCCGAUGUCGCUUUUUAUGCAGAGCUUACUUCAACAACCACUUUCCAAAAAGAAAGGGGGGGGAGGGGAAAAGGCUGCUUAUUAAACUUUCUAUCCACCGCAGAACAGACGGGACUGAGCGGGACGGACGAUGGAUCUUUGAUUGGCGGGGAGUUUCUCUUCAAGCAAAGUGUAAAUACGUCCUGAACAUCAUCGUGCUGGUUCUUUUGUUCUUUUUCUUUUUUUGUAAACUGAUGUACAGUAUUCUCCUACACUCGCUCGGCUAACGACACCGGUCUCAUUGAAUUGAAUGUUGCUCCCUGGACAGUUUGUUCCUGCUGUGUGUCUCUGUUUAUGCAAAGUUGCAUGUUUAAUCUGUUUCAGUACGACUCCUCUGUUUCGCUGUGCUCUGUGUGUAGACGGGUAGGACUGAGUGUGUUCCAGCUGAAGUUCAGUCACAGGAUGUUCCCUUUUUACUUUAACGUUCAGGGUCGAUCACGCGAUGCAUUUUAAAGCCACUUUUUUGCUUUUUCGACUUUUCACCUCAUCUUCUCAGUAACAUCAGCACUGAAUUUAUUAGUAGACGAUGUUUUACGACAAAUGUUUUUCUGACCACCUGCUUUUCUGGACGCGCCGGACACUUUUGGAAAAUAAGAAACGAUGCAUGCAGUGCAGACGUUCCCACUGAAAGGGCAGCAGAUGAAAACAUCCAGUCUUCUUAUUGUUUCCAACUCCUGACAUCUGGAUGAAACAUGUAUUAAUUAGCAUUUUCUUUUGCUUGUUUUGGGAAAAUUAAUUUUAAAUUUGUUCUAAAUUCAGAUGUUAAGUUGGUUAGUGUGCAAAACAUGAACUGCUGCGUAAGAAAACGUCUGUUUCUGAUGAAAACGUUAAGGUAUGUUCAAGCCUGGGAAACUGGAAACUUUAAUAAGACUGAUGAGGAAGUUUUCAACAAGAAACUCCCAACUACUGAUGUUAAACUGAUGUUCCGUGUUGUGUCUAUUGAAGGUGGAAGCUGGAGAUCUUUUUGCUUCUGAGUCAAAUCCACAUGAAUUGCAAAUUUUUUUUUAUUCCCUGAUUUCAACAAACAAACCUGAAUGAAUCUGAUCCAACUGGCUUCUUCUCCAUGGCAACAGCAGCCGAGGCUCGAAGCAUCGAACAGAUGUAACCUGAUUCCUUCAGUGAGGAAACUGAAAUAAAGAAACAGGCGGUCACACAGUCCCCUGAGCUAACAGGAUUCUUAGAGUUUCUGAAAGAGGCACAUGUUUGUUGUGAAUCUAGAAUGGAAGGAAAAUGUUUUAUUCUAAAGCUAAAGAAAAGGGAAUAGAUCUCAAACACCUGAACCACUUGGGGGGAAAGAGGGGGAACUUUUAUUCUGGAAAAUAUUUAUAAAUGAUACAAAUAAUGAAUUGAAUGAUGCAAAAAUACAAAUGAACACAACCGGAAUAACGUUUUAUUACAAAAAUAGCAGAUUGGUGUCGGUUGAAUGAUUUGUUGUGAGUUGCGGUUCCUCUUUUUGUGGCUUCAGUUUAAAGUUGUUGUUCAGCAUUAAUUUGAUUCCUGAUGAAGCUCCUUGAAGAAAUGUUGCAUGAAUUUGGAAAUUCAACUUUUAUUUAGUAUUUCAAGUAAAACACGUCGACCUUUUCACUCGGACACGACACAUCUCAACGAUUUUCCAUCCGGUGUAAUUUAAUGAAUGUAACAGUGAAAAAAGCUGCUUCCCUCGGUUUCUAUCGGCUCUCGAUGCAAAGUGUCCUCAUACGUUGUGGUGGAUGUUUCCGCAUUAAUCUGAUUUUACCUUCAGAUAAAACACAAAACUUUUGAUUUCAAAUAUUGUAGCACACUCAAAAAAAAACAUUACUCAAAAUAUUUGUUUUGGGGCCAAAACCCAAGAGAAACAC